CAGAUCACCAUUCACCAAGCAUGUCAUUUUCAAGUGUCAUAUACAAAUAAAGCCUUUUGUGUCAGUUUUUAUCGAUUUAUCCAGAAAAAAUGGUUUGUGGGCGAGAAUUUAGAAGCAGUUUGCGAAGGCCUAUGCCGAACGCCGCCAAAGCUGGUACAGCUUGCAGGAUUGUGCCAGCUUUCACCAUUCAAUCCAAUCAGAAGAAUACCUGCGUUGCUCCACCACCUAGAUGUUACGCCCUGUGUGAGCGUCCACCACCGAAAACCCUGUUCCGAUAUCGGUACAAAAGGGGAGACUUUCCAAUCGCCCUAGAAACGAAGGGCAUUUUGUGGAAGACCGACAUCCCCAAGCUCGACUUCCACUUCUAUCUUCCCAUGUUUUUCGAGGGCCUCAUCGAAACCACUCAUCCCUAUAAGAUGUUCGCAAGACAGGCAGUUCACGAUAUGCUUACGUACGGGGGAAAUAAGAUCUUUCCGUGCAUACCUCAGCUCAUCAUCCCCAUCAAGAACGCUUUCAAUACGAGAAACAGGGAGGUGAUCUGCGUUACGCUCAAGGUAUUACAGCAUCUGCUCAGGACCAGCGAUAAGGUAGGCGAAGCUUUGGUGCCCUACUAUCGUCAACUUCUACCGGUACUAAACAUGUUCAAGAAUUGCAACGUCAACUGUGGCGAUCACAUCGAUUACAGCCAGAUGAGGGGCGAGAAUGUUUCGGACCUCAUCAACGAGACUUUGGAGUUGAUGGAAAGGACUGGCGGUGAAGAUGCUUUUAUAAAUAUUAAAUAUCUCAUUCCGACCUACGAAUCCUGCCUAAUGAAUUAAACAUACCCCCAAAUUCCUGCCCUCGCUAAUGUGAAGAUAAAAAUGAAGGCCGACUAAGGCAAGUGUAAAUUUCUCAAUAAGAAAUGAAAAAUAUUAAGGAUUUAUUCAUCCCAAAUCGAAUAAAAGUUCCUGUGAAACAAUUAGGGGAGAAAUCUGUUACAUCUUUGGAAGACGAAAUUUUAAAGAAUUUUAGACGAAUUUUAAAUUUCUGCAUGACAUCAAGAGAAUUUUGGGAGGAAUCACUAAAUGCAUGAGAUAAAUUCAUAACGAUCAUAUCAUGAAAACUAUCAUCCAACAUAUUAUAAUUUUAAUCGAUAUUAUACAAUAAUUAUUCAAUGAA